CAUAAUGAGAUAAUAAAUUUCUGCACCUGGCUUUGGGGUAGAAUACAAAUCUCCAUUAUCCCUACCAUAAUAAGGAGUUGUAAAACUCAUCUCUCAACCUUCGUUUUAAAAUUAAGUUUAACCAAUGAUUUAAUAACAAUAUCAAUAGUAAUAAUAAAGUUAUCCAUAUCAACACAAUAGAUAAAUUUAUCCAAUUAAUCGGAAUGCAAAUGCAAAUAGAGGAACGUGGGAAUAAUAGGGAGUUUAAAGAAUUUAAUCUAGUUAUGGAAAUGCUAAUGUGUAGAGCCCAUUAUAAGUAGUUGAUAUGUAGUAAGUUGAGGAACCUUGGAGAUUGAAGGUUAAGGAAUUACUAAAUAGAAUAAUAGAAUUGGAAGCUUAACAAGAAAAUAAAAUAGAUAAUGAAGAUGAGGAGGGUGAAUUAUCUCAAGCAUAUAGUUAAAUUUAAUAAUUAGUUAACACAAUCAAAAUUUUAUAGGAUGAAAUUUAAUAAUUAUAAGAGAAGAUAGAGUAGAGAUAAAAUAUCAUAGACGGCUAUGAUAGGUAGAUAAUAGAAAAAGAUAAAGAAAUAGAGGAAGCAAACUAAUACAUUCAGGAUGUGCAUGGGUAGUUGGAAGAAUAAACAACAAACGUUGAAGAAAAACACAAAUAUUUGUUUGAUGAAGUAAACACAUGGAAAAAGAAGUUUAUAGAGUAAAAUAAGUAUCAAUUUAAUUAAAUGAUAGAGAAUUUCAUCAAAAAUAGGAGGAACUGAUGAUUCUAUAAACUGAAUUGGAUAACCUAAAAAAUGUUCAAAUAAUAAUAGGCAAAUCGAGUGAUUACAAACAAUAAAAAUGA